GGGCGAGAGUACUGCGUGGGAGAAGUGGGAAGUAAGGCGGGAGAAGGGGCAGCGGCGAGGAGGUAGGGGCAGCGGCGAGCGAGGAGGGAUACAGAUCGCACAGUUGCAGUGUCAGAGGGAAGAAGCUGGCGUGAGGGGAGGCUAUGCCUUCGACAAAUCGUGUGACCGGCUACGUGGCAUGAGACUCAACUUGGUCUUAUUCAUUUCAAUCGUCCGGGGUCCUGAGAAGAGUGCAGGACGACUGCCUCAUUUACAUAUGCCAAGAUGACGAUUGAUGAUUCUGCUUGGGCGGAAAGCGCCUCGACAUGGCAAUUAAAGCUUGUCGCCGUUGCUGCUAUUAUCCUCAUCUCGUUGGUCUGCAGUUUUCUACCACUGAAGCUCCGACAUUUGUCAGAUCUGACGAGAAGCCUUAUCAUAAAUCUGAGCAGCUAUUUCACAGCAGGCGUGUUCUUGGGUGUUGGUCUGCUGCACAUGCUUCCGGAAGCCGCUGCUGAGCUGGAUAAGGAUAAUUUACACAUUUCCUAUGCUAUCUGUGCGCUGGGAAUUGUGGUCAUUUGGUUCCUGGAGCGGCACAUGCUGCGUGACUCUCAGAGGUUAAUGGCCGUUGCUGCGGGCGCAGAGCAUCGAGGAGGAGCAAGUAUCUGCUAUGUGCAUGUGCAUCCAGUAUCCUCGUACGGAAUAGAUGGCCAGCGUGGGAGUGAAGAUGACAAAUCAGCCUUGCCAGGGCGGCAUCGCCAUGCACUUUGCAAGUUGCAUAGGUCAAUCAGCGAGCCCCCGUCGUUGAGUGAGCCUCUUCUGAUAAGCGUGCACAAGGAUGGACCUCCUUUCAAGCCGUCUGAUGCCUGGCAACAACAUGAGGAAGAGUCUUCUCCCACAGGGGACUGGAGGCUGAAUGGUGUCUUGAAUACAAUGAACAGCCCCCUCGAGGAAUCUGUCUCUGUGAGCACCGAGCACUGCAUCCAAUGCCUAGACGAGGAGAAUCAAACAGCCUUGCGCCAAUCCAGACCUCCUCACGACUGCACCGUUCCUGAGUGUGGGAGCGGUGGUGCUCUCCCAUCAGGCUUUCCCCUUCCCCCUGUGGCUUGUGAGCCGCAUGAUCACUAUCUGCAUGCUGGGAAGUGGAAGGAGAGAGCAGCUCCAGCAGCCGGGGAAUUGGUGUUAGCAUCUGGGUCGACGGACGUGUAUAGUUCUCUGCAUGACCAUUUGCAUGCGGCACAUCACCAACACGUCGUUCUCAAGGGGGAGGGAAUGAUGUCUUAUGUGCUGGCCACAAUGUUCUCCUUUCAUUCCUUCGUGGUGGGUGUGGCCUUUGGGAGUGGAGGGGCAAUCUCCUUGCUGAUCGCGCUUUUGGCACACAAAGGUGCAGAAGCGUUUGCAGUUGGUGUACAGUUUGUUCGGGAGGACGUGCCUCUGCGGAAGGCAGUGCCGGUUAUCAUUUUAUACUGUUCGAUGACGCCAUUGGGUGUAUUCGCUGGUAUGAUGGAAUCGGUUGUGAAGGGGCAAGCUGGUGUCAUCGUAACAAAUGUUACCCAGGCAGUGGGCGCAGGCUCUCAGUGCAUUUCACUUUCUGAUAUGCCACAAGUGGUAUCGGAGCUAGUGCGAUGAAUCUUGGCAGCAACCAAUCAAUCGAUUGAUUGAUUGGAUUGGCGGUUUGCCACYAAUCAAUCUUCGAUUGAUUGAUCAGUCAAUCAGGAGGUUGAUCGAACAAUCGAUCAAUCAACCAGCAAUCAUCUA